GUGAAAUUUAGGCGCAAAAAAGAAAACCAAUAAAAUUGAAGAUGAAAUGACAAAAGUACCCUAAAACCCAAAUCCCCAAACCUUAACAACCGAAACAACUUCUCCUCUUUCCUUCUCCCUGUUCCCUGUUCCCAAAUUCCCUGUUCUUCUCCUUCUGGGCUCUCUCUGUGCGCAGCUUGCCUUCCGCUGCUGUCGCCGCGCAUUUCAGCCGCCGCAGCCGCAACCACAACCACAACCGCAACCAUAGUCGGCGUUAACGCGUAAAACGCGAUUCUUUCUCUCUCUUCAAAUAUAACUAUCGAAAUUAAAUCCCUUUUCCCCAAUUAAAUUUUUUAUUUUUAGGGUUUACAGAUAACAAUGGAGGAAAUAGACCAUUACAUAGUUCUUGGGUUAGUUACAGGAGAAGAAGGAUCAAAGCUCACUGAGAAAGAAAUUUCCACAGCAUAUCGAAAAAAAGCUAUUGAAUUACACCCAGAUAAAAAUCUCAACGACCCAGAUGCUCCAGCUAAGUUCCAGAAACUUCGAGUUUCUUACGAAAUUCUCAAAGAUCCUAAAGCUAGGAAAGAAUUCGAUGAUUUACUUAGGGUUAGGAGAGAGAAGAAGGUUCGGGAUAAGCAAUUCGAUGCGAAACGACGUCGGAUGAUGUCGGAUUUGGAGGAGAGAGAAAGGGCAUCGUUUGUUGAUCCGGAGAAGAAGGCUCGUGAUGAAGAGGAGGCUAUUAUGAAGAAAUUGGCUGAGGAAAUUGCUAGAAUUAAAGCUAGUUUGGCGAAGAAACCAGUUUUUGAGAAGGAGGAGAGGAGAGAGAAUGUGGGUGGUGUUGGUGGGGUUGCAUUGGAUAAGAGUAAGGUGUUGAAGGUGAGUUGGGAGAAGGGUGAUUCCGAAUAUAGCGCGAGUCGAUUGAGGGAAUUGUUUGAGGAAUUUGGAGAUGUUGAAGAUGUUGUGAUUAAGGGUUCUAAGAAGAAGAGUUCUUGUUCUUCUGCACUUGUUGUUAUGGGAUCAAAAGAGGAUGCUGUUGCUGCUACUGGAGUUAUGAUUGGGGAUCUAUCAAAUCCAUUGCUGGUUUUGCCUCUUGAACCAACUAAAGCAAUGCCUUCUGUAAGAGCCCAAGCGCCGGUGGAGCGAGACGAAGCACCCAUGGGGAAUGUUGUUGGGGCUGGAUUUCAGGCGUUUGAGGAUUCAGUUCUUGAUAAACUCAGAAAGGCUGCAGAGAAACAAAAAACAAACAAGAAGGAAACUUAAGACAAAAGUGCUAUUGAUUUCACUGCAGAAGCUCCGGGCUUCACCCGACAGACUGUCGCUUUGGAUGACUGCUUCCUCUUGACAGAAGCAAAGUUUAUCUUCUGAGGAUCCCAUCAGAACUGUAUGAAGAACCAUUUUCCAUCACGAGUGUGUGCACAACAAUGGCCCAAAGGUCAUGGAGCUACAAAUUACCUAUCAGAAGCUAUUCUAAGCUUGCAAACUUGUAAAGUUGUAAUGCUUUGAAAAAUCUUUGUAUAUUUAUACAAGUUGAUUGUCAUCUUAGAAUUAUAAUUCGGUCACGAUUGUAUGUACAUUUACUUACAUAAGAGCGUGUAUUCGUUUUAAAUUUGCAACAAUGAAUUGAUCUGAAAUGUACAAUACCAAUGUAGUAUAGCAUAGCAAAUUAUGACAUCA